UUUUCAAGGUUUUGCAGGUAGUCUGUGAUCUGUUGAGCAUCUCUUGAAGGUCUAUGUAGUGGUGUCACUCUAUUGUGGAUAUUUUGUCCUGGUAAUCAAGUGUCGAGGACCGCUGUGAUUCUUCCUUUGCCAGCUGGUAAAAUGGUGAUGUUUUGGUUUAGGCUGAGAGUUGUUACAGCUUUUUUUCCCCCUGUGAUGAAAGCUUUGAAGAUGAUGGCUUAACACUGAAGAGGGUUACCUUCAUGUUGAGUUGUUCUGCCUUGACUUGAGGUGAUUCAGUAGCAAUGAUUGGUUCUACAACAGGCACAUUUUUGGAGGAGAAAUGGCUAAAUUCAUACUGUUUAUUUUUGAGGGGGCGGGGCUUCAUUGGUGGGCCAAAGGAAAUCACCCCUGGGCCAGAUGUGGCCUGUGGGCCAGCAGUUGCCCAUCCAUGUUUUAAAAUAUGCCACGUCAUCCCAUUUGUUGUUAUCUUGGAAGCUCAGAAAAAUCUUCUGCAAACACAUUCUGAUAGAUCAACAUCUAAUGAUUACUUUCUGAGAGUUUCAUGGGAUAUUUUGCUAACAUUCAGAAUGCACUCACUCAUAUAAAGAAAUGCAAAAAAAUAAAGUGACCCGCUAUAGCCGUUCAGCGGCGGGUGAUAGGCUAUAAACAAAACAAAGCAAACGAAGAAGAAAAGUUUCUCCUCGUACCGGUGUCGUGUUAAGGCUCCGCCCACUAAGGCCUGCCCUUUUCUUCGUGCGCGAGGCUAAUGGUCCAAAAUAUAAAGAAGCGCGAGCGUCUCUAAAGGAAAAAAGUAACUAAAGAGUGACUCUCCGGCCGAACACACAGUAAACUAGCUCCUUCACAUUUACCCGAACUUCAUAAAGUCGGAGAGGAGCGGCCAUCUUUGACCCAACAUGGAGCGGGAGUUCUGGAUCUGAAGGACCUGAGAUGGGUGGUCUGCUGGCCGAGCUGCUGCUGCUGCUCUGGAGCUGCCUGUUGUUGCUGGCCCAGCUUCACGCCUCACCCCUGCUCCUUUUUGCCAACCGACGUGACGUGCGAUUGGUAGAUGCAGACUUUGUACGGGGUGAGUCGGCCGUUGUGGUCAGUGAUCUGGAGGAUGCAGCAGCAGUGGACUUCCUGUAUGCCGAGGGUCUGAUAUUCUGGACUGAUGUCAGUGAGGAGGCCAUCAAACAAACACACUGGAAUCAGUCGUCCAACUCUCUUAAAGAGGUUCUGGGAACGGGCCAAACUGUUGUGGUGUCAGGACUGAAUAGUCCCGAUGGACUAGCGUGUGACUGGUUGGGUAAAAAGCUCUACUGGACGGAUUCAGACACCAAUCGAAUUGAAGUGGCCAACUUAGAUGGCACCUCCAGAAAAGUCCUGUUCUGGAUGGACUUGGACCAACCCAGGGCUAUUGCCCUUAAUCCAGGACAACGAUACAUGUACUGGACGGACUGGGGAGAAGAGCCCAGGAUAGAGCGUGCAGGCAUGGACGGCAGUAUCAGGCAGGUGAUCGUGAACGAGGACAUCCACUGGCCCAACGGACUCACCAUAGACCUGGUAGAAGAGAAGCUGUACUGGGCUGACGCCAAACUUAGCUUCAUUCACAGAGCAAACCUGGACGGAUCAGCACGGGAAGAAGUGGUGGAAGGCACCCUGACCCAUCCUUUUGCACUAACUCUGUCCAAGGAGACGUUGUACUGGACCGACUGGCAGACUCGCUCCAUACAUGCCUGUAACAAACACAGUGGAGACAAAACCAGGGAAAUCCUCAGUGGGAUUUAUUCUCCGAUGGACAUCCAGGUUCUGGAGCCCUACAGACAACCUUAUAUCCAGACUCCUUGCAGUGACAAUAAUGGAGGUUGCAGUCAUCUUUGCCUACUUUCUCCUGUGCAACCGUUCUACAGCUGCGCCUGUCCAACAGGAGUUCAGCUUAAAGCAGAUGGAAAGACGUGCAAACCAG